UUUCCUUGUUUCUCGUGGUUUGUAACGGUUGAUGUAAACGCGUCGGGGCGUGCCGGGUUUAAGCGGGGGUGGGAGUGCGCGGGAGGGGAAGGACCGGCCCUGUGGCGCUGUCAGCGGCAGCGCCUGGACCGAUCCCUCGACCCCCGUGGUUUGAUCUUGCUCGUGGCCCAUGUCAGAAAACCGAAGCGAACUGGAAAAGAACAAUCCAAACCACAAUAUAGUGAAAGAGAUUUGAGGAUAGUAGUCUGUGUUGCAGAACUAGGACAGAUUCUGGUAUGGAAAGAAAAUAACCCAAACCCAGUUCUGUUUGAGAUUUCAAGAAUAUUAAACACUGGCUUGGAUAUGGAGACGUUGUCUAUUUGUGUGCGGCUUUGUGAACAAGGGAUAAACCCAGAAGCAUUGUCUUCUGUUAUUAAAGAACUGCGUAAGGCUACAGAAGCUCUGAAGGCCGCUGAAAAUAUGACAGGCUGACAUGGGAGAAGAUCUCUGCAUAAGAAGAAUGCCAAGUUAAACUUACCAGGAGCUCUAAGAUUGCCACUAUUAAGGAAAAAAAGUGAAAUAAGUGUGUGUGAAGGUUUUACAGUACUUCUGUAAUACUUUUCAAAAGAAUGGUGUAUAUAAUAGCUUUGAAAAGUUUUUUAAAAGUUCACCAGUAAUAUUAUUAUCUGGUUUUUUUGUGAACUGUUUGUGAAUGUAGUGCAAUUGUUCUUCUUUGGCAUCUUGUACAUCUAAAAUCACGCUAGAUAUUGUACAUUUGUUGAAUUUACUAGAGUGUACCAACAAAUCUUGUUAUAAUGAGUGUAUCUUUGUUAAUGCAUCCUUUAGGAGUGGUAGUAUAUAAUGGGUUUUAUCUUUUGCUUUGAUGAAAAACUACAUGUGCAAUUUUAGUCUUGCUUUAUGGUCCAGAUAGGAUCGAAGCCCAUACUGACUUUAUUUUAGAGUAAGAGCAGUAACUUAAGUCCCAAGCUGAAAGUAAUAAAUAAAGCAUUUUUUAAUAAUGUAGGUAAAGAAUUUUGCUUCUGAUUUGGAUUCAAAUUGCUGGGAAAAGUGUUUAACUUAGAUAACAAAAGUUCUUCAGCUAUCCUUGAAGAUAUGUAUGUAAAUUUAAAUUCUAGAUGACACGGAAUGUUUCAUGGAGAUCAGAUGCUACAUUUGUUACACCUGUUCUGACUGCAGGAUCUAAAAAUAUUGAGGCU